AUGGAUGAGUUCAAUUCUUGCUUGGAUAACUGUGGACUCAUGGAAAUGUCUUUUGGUGGGAGGAGGUUCUCAUGGUGUAAUGGACAUGAAGGUUGCUCUCAUAGCUGGGCAAGGCUUGAUAGAGCGGUUAUGAAUAUGAUUUUUUCUAAUACUUUCCCUAAUGCUCAUUUGGAGUAUCUAAUGAGGAAGUUGUCGGAUCAUAGUCAUAUGGUUAUCAAUUUUGACACAGUGGAGAUGAGGUAUGGUGCAUCACCUUUUCGUUUUCAAAAUAUGUGGUGUUCUCAUGACUCUUUUAUUGAUUGUGUGACGAAGGCGUGGGUUGAGCUGGUAUAUGCCCAGGGUCUUUUGAAGCUUGCGACCAAACUGAAUAAAACAAAGAUAGCUCUUAGAGCUUGGAAUAUGCAGGUUUUUGGGCGUGUAGAUAAGAAUAUUAAGGAGCUUGAGGAACGUUUGGAAGUCCUAGAAAAUCAAUUGCUAUGUGAUUCUGACCCAAGAAUUGAAACGGAAUUUUUUCUCACCAAGCUAGAUUUGGAAAUAGAGGAACAAAAGGAGGAGACUAGAUUGGCGCAACAAGCAAAAAAAUCUUGGCUUAAAGAAGGGGACCAAAAUUCAAAACUUUUUCAUGCGGUGGUAAAGCAAAGAAGGAAGAAUUCUGUAAUUUCUAAUAUGAAUCUUGCGAAUGGGAGUGUGUUAAACUCACCAGAGAGCAUUCAUCUAGCGGUAACUUCUUACUUUCAGAAUUUUUUAAUAGAAACAAGAACUCAUAAAGUGGCCGACUUAUCAACCAUUCUAAAGAAGGUUAUUACUGAAGAGGAAAAUGAGCUUCUUUGUCAAGAUCCUUUAGAGGAAGAGGUAAAAACUGCUCUUUUUUCCAUUCCUAAAACAGUAGCCCAAGUCCUGAUGGUUUCGACUCAGCUUUUUAUAUUUCUUGUUGGGAUGUGGUUAAAGAAGAUUUAUUAG